AUGGACGGAAACACGUUUGGAAAGGGCUUCACAGUCACCACCUGGGGCGAGUCCCACGGAAAGUCGGUCGGAUGCACAAUUGGAAAUGUUCCUGCUCAGCUGAGAAUCACUGAGGCCGAUGUCCAGCCACAAUUGACCCGCCGCCGUCCCGGCCAGAGCGCCAUCACAACCCCCCGCGACGAGAAGGACAGAGUUGAGAUCCAGUCUGGUGUUCAAAAUGGCCUCUCCCUCGGUCUCCCCAUGAUGAUGGUGGUCAAGAACGAGGAUCAGCGCCCCAAGGACUACGGAAACAAGACCAUGGACAUGUACCCAAGACCCAGCCAUGCCGACUUCACCACCCAGGCGAAAUACGGAAUCAAGUCGGAAAGUGGAGGUGGCAGAAGCAGUGCCCGCGAGACCAUCGCCCGUGUCGCUGCCGGCGCUGUUGCCGAGAAGUACAUGAUGGACGCCUUCGGCAUCGAGAUCGUCGCGUUCACCAGCUCCAUCGGCGGCAUCGACCUCUUUCCCCCUACCCCCGAGCACCCAACCCCCGUCACCGACCCCAAGUUCCACGAGUUCCUCGACAACAUCUCCCGCGAGACCGUCGACAAGUUCCUCCCCGUCCGCUGCCCCGACCAGGCCAUCUCCGACAAGAUGGUCCAGUUGAUCACCGAAUUCAAGGACCGCAACGACAGCAUCGGCGGCACCGUCACCUGCGUCGUCCGCAACGUCCCCGUCGGUCUCGGCGAGCCUGCCUUCGACAAGCUCGAGGCCAUGCUCGCCCACGCUAUGCUCAGCAUUCCCGCCACCAAGAGCUUCGAGAUCGGAUCCGGCCUCACAGCCUGCACCACCCCGGGCUCCAUCCACAACGACCCCUUCGUCUCUACCAAGGGCAGAGAGGUCCCACCAUCAGUCGCCAAGAGCGGCGCCUACCUCAAGGGAUUCACCCGUCCCAAGCUCACCACCAAGACCAACUUCUCUGGUGGCAUCCAGGGUGGCAUCACCAACGGUGCUCCUAUUUACUUCAAGGUCGGCUUCAAGCCCCCUGCCACCAUUGGCCAGGACCAGCUCACUGCAACCUACGACGGCGAGUCAGAGGGUGUUUUGGCCGCCAAGGGGAGACACGACCCCUGCGUCGUGCCCCGUGCUAUUCCCAUUGUUGAGGCCAUGGCUGCUAUCACUGUGAUGGAUGCGCUCGUCAGACAUUUCGGUCCCAAGACUCUGAGCCAGUACCUCCCUUACUACAGGGAACCAAAUGAGAAGGGCGAGGCUCAGGUUGCGGCACCGGAUGAUCAGCUUUAA